GUGGUGAUUGGUGAUUUCCAGAAGAGUGACGGAGAACUCGGGAAAUAAAUGUCACGAAAUUUUCCCAUUUUUUUUUAACAUCAACCGGAAAAUUAUUGUUCCAUCGGGUUUUCCACGAAAUAUUGAUUUUUUACUGACGACAAUUCGAAUAGUUUGACGUUACUUUAUUAUCGAUAAUAAUUGCUAUUGAUAAUACACUUUGACGAGAGGAAAUUCCCAAUGAAUUAAAGAUUUUAAAAUCUUCGCCUCGAACUUACCUUAUUAUCAUUAAUUCUCGAGGAACAAUAACGUGAUAAAAAUAUAUUGUUCCACCAGUUGUUGUUGAAGGUGGGAAAUUCAACCUUAUCACACAGGAAUUUCGUUUUCCAGCAAUCGAACGAUAAAUUCCGGUCCCCUGAAAUCAAGCAGUUACAUCAGUAAAAUAUAAAUAUCUUCCAGUGGAUCUUUUUAUGGGCCGACGAACCCGUCGUUAUUUCUGCCCUCAGUGCAUCUAUAUCUAGGUAUCUGCAAUGUUUUCACCGACGCCCCCUUCCAGUCGUGAUUCCCAUUGGACCCACUGAUGCAAUUGUGAUAUCGGGGAUACCAUAAUGGCACUUCUGACCGAGAACAAGGGUGACUGCUGCGAAUCAACUGUACGUCAGAAUGGCCAUCCGCCGGGGAAAACUGAGGAGAUACCGAUGGUCUCACCGAAUGACAACAACAAUGAGGUUGAAGUCGAGAUGAUCGUCCCUCCAGACGGUGGGUGGGGUUGGGUGAUCGUCGCCGCGUCCUUCAUGUGUAAUCUCAUCGUUGACGGAAUCAUCUUCAGCUUCGGGGUAUUCCUCCCCCACAUAAGCAGAGAUUUGAAUAUCUCAGAGCCCAGCGUCGCCCUCGUCGGGUCUCUGCAGACGGGAUUUUAUCUGAUGGCAGGGCCCUUCGUCUCAGCUCUGGCUAACAGAUACGGAUUUCGUUUGGUGGCGAUGGUGGGAAGUGUCAUAAGCUGUGUAGCUUUCAUUCUCUCCAGCUACUGCUCUUCCGUUGAACUACUCUGCAUAACUUACGGAUUGAUAGGGGGCGUUGGCGGUGGUCUGAUUUACGUACCAGCCGUGAUAACAACUGGAUUUUAUUUUGAAAGAUGGCGAGCUCUUGCUACCGGCAUUGCUGUUUGUGGCUCUGGCAUUGGGGCCUUUGUACUUGCACCCAUUAGUAGUAUGUUGAUUGACAAUUUUGGCUGGAGAACAGCUAUGCAAAUUCAAUCUGCAAUGUUACUGAAUUGCGCUGUCUUUGGUUCGCUCUUCCGACCCCUUCGUCCCAAGAGAAUAAAAGUAAAACAGUCCGAAGUAGCUCCAGAAGCCGUUGUCCCCGAGGUAAAAACUUCCCUCUUGAAAAAUGGAGUCUCCACCACAUCCCUCCACGGCAGCCAAUUAAUCGCCGUUGGUUGGCGAUUCGGAACGAAUAAUAACGCUGAAUAUCCAACAGCUGCCGAAGCGAUUGGAAGUAUUCCCAAUCUUAUCAAGUCAGCGGACUCGUUGCACAACAGACUCAGUGAGAAUGAAAAACCCCUGACAACAACUGAAAAAAGAUUGUCUGCUCCGAUUUAUCCCGAAAUGGACGUUAUAAUUUCCGAUGAGAUAAAGUCCACUGAAGAGGAAAACAAUUUGCUCUCGGGUGACCUAGAAAGGCUCAAUGGACGAAUACCUACAGUGCGGAGACACACGAUAAGUGGCCGCAGAGAUCAGAACGGAAGUGAAUGCUCUUUACGAAAAGCUGGAAAGCGACAUUCAAUUUCCAAAGACCCCCAGCGACCGUUCUACAGGGAUGAUAUAUUCUACGGGGGUUCGCUGGCCAGAUUGCCCCAUUACAAGUCUCAAAUGUCAUCCGUGGGGUAUCACAUGUCGGUGACACGACUGCCGACAGCUACAGACGUCGAGGAAGAGGAGAGUGGAAAUUGUUACUUGUGUCCGGAGAGUGUGAGGAGAAUCCUCACAACUAUGUUGGACAUAAAUUUGUUAGGAAGCCCGUCUUUCCUCAUUCUAGCAAUCAGUGGGGGUCUCACCAUGAUGGGUUUCUAUACCCCCUUCAUGUUCCUUCCAGGUCGCGCUGAAUCAAUGGACCUCAAGGAUUCCGCAACGUUUCUCGUAUCGGUGAUUGGUAUUGCAAAUACUGUGGGUCGUGUGAUUUGUGGACUUGUCAGUAGUCUUCCUGGUAUGGAUACACUCCUCAUUAACAAUGUAUUCAUAAGUAUCAGUGGUAUACUUACUAUUUGCUCUGGUCUCAGUUACUCGAAAGAGUAUCAGUACUUUUACGCCGCAGCCUUUGGAUUCAGUAUAUCUGUAUUUGCUGCACUUAGAUCGAUCCUUGUGGUGGAUCUCAUGGGGCUAGAAAAAUUGACGAAUGCAUUUGGACUUAUUCUACUGUUCCAGGGCAUUGCUGCGAGUGUUGGUGCACCUUUAACCGGUGCAGUAAAAGUCGCUACUGAUAGUUUUGAUGUUGCAUUUUACGUCUCGGGAGCUCUGAUUCUCCUCUCCGCAAUAAUCUGCUAUCCGUUAAAGUGGAUAAACGAGUGGGAAAAACGUAAGAACGAACCUGCGUUAACGAAUCCCUGAGCCCUUGGGCCCUAUUAUCCGUGGAAAAAAAAAUUCCAAGGCAAGACUGCCGUGUCACAUCGCAAAAGUGAAUAUUACGAAUGACCGGGUUUAACAAAACCACAAGUUCUUCAAGUUGAAAGACUGUUCAUUAAAACUAACGAACGAGUGAAUCAACUUUUCAGAAGUGAAUCUGUGAGAGAACGAGAAUGACACCUGCAUUUUCAGAUAAUGAAACUGAGGGACAAAGUGAACCUCGUUGUGUGAGAACAGUAAUUGAGGUAUUUUGUAAAUUAUAUAAAUAUUAGGAGGUCCAUUUAUGGAUAUUCAAAGGCACGUCUUUUAAAUUUUAAAAAUUCUGGUUAAAUUUAUCUCAGUUAUCUUCAGGAAAGUUGGACCAAAUUUCGGACACAAAUGAAUUUUUUAUUAGAAUUGAAUUCAUUUAGAGAUGAUUCAAUGAUAUGCCAAUUAUCAGGUGCACCAUUUGAACAAUUACUCUUUUGAUUUUAAUCUCUUAAAAAUCAAGGGCUGUGAUGUUCGCUGUUUACAAUAAAGUUGAGAAUUAAAACGGUUAUUGAAAUAUUGAUAAUCGCUCAACGUAAAAAUAUUUCUCUUUAAUUUUUGAGAGUUGAUGUCAAUUCCAAUGUAUUUCAAAACAUUAUUUGAUUAUAGUUGUCUGAUUAUUCACCCAAAUUCUCGAAAAACAGAGAAUUUCUCAUUUUUUAUAACAGAGUGAAUGUCAAUAAAAAUCGGUAUUCUCAAAUGAAAAAAAACUGAAGAACAAACUGAACCUCGUGACGUCAGACUAGACCAGAGGUACUGUAAAAUAUAUAAAUAAUAUGAAUCAUAUCGAUCCUUCAAGAUCGCUCGAUAAAUGUAGAUAUUUUUAUUAUUCGACGAAUAAUUGUUUUUUUUUGAAUAAUUUAUGCAUAAGGACAUUGUGCAAACUGUCACAUCACAUUAUUACUCGCCACGAGUCCUUGAAUCCUUUAGCAUUGAAAUUGGAUUUUUUUCUUUAUCGGCGAAUCGUGUGAUAUUCCUAUUAGUCAUUUUUUUAAUUAAUUCUGUACCUCAAAUGUUGGAAUGUACAACCUAAAUAAUGUGUUCUCGCUGAAAGACAAAGAACUUCCACAAGUGCCAAGUAAUAUUUUCUUUAUCUACGGUACACAUUAGCUGUUAGGAACGGAAUUUCAAUAGUGCCUCGAGUAAUCAUUAAAAGUCAUGAAACAAUUGAACAUAUAUUUACUGAAUUUAUCAAGAAGUUGUGAUAGUACAAAAGACGAACGAGAAAUGGUAAUUAUGCAAUCACGUGAGGCGGCAUGUUCUUAAAGUUCAAUUUAUUAUCAUCGAUGAAAUUUUCCGUUCGAUUUGUAUAUUUGUACGCCUUCGAUAACUCUGGCCUCAUACAUAUAGGUAUUGGCCUUCAUACAUCUUGAUAUAUAUUUUCUCAGUGAAUUGAUUGAACUUGUGAGUGGAUUUGUACUGUGACAUAUCGAAUUAUUAUUUCCGUAUGAGGAAAUAACAAAUUUUUAUGUUGCAAUUGACGCUAUUUAUAUCUUUAAGAGCGGCAUUAGAACAGCAAAAUUAAGCUGAGUUUGACAUGUAUUAUCCUCACGAUAUGACAGCGAUUAAAAAAUAAUGUCACGAGUAAUUGACAUCACUGAUAUGAGAUUCCAAACCUAGUGCCUUAUUUUGCUCAUUUCGAAAUGUAUAAAGAUAACUCAUUCCUUAUCCAUUUUUUGUAAAUAUAUGUAAUUAAUAGGGGACGUGAAUGAAUAUUGUUUAUUCUUUCCCCGAAUGGCUGUACAGAGGGAAAUUGAUUAACAAAAUUUUGGACAACUUUUUUGGCUGAAAUGGGCUGAAACUUCACCUGAAAUUCCGAAAAGUUUUAUCAUUUUUUCAGAAGCGAGGAAUUUGAUUUUUCCAGUAUUCCUAUCGGAAUUGUUAUAAAAAAUUUGUCUCCGUGUAGUAAAAGGGCGAAUUGUGUUCAGGUGAAUGAUAAUUUUUAUGGUGUGUUGAAAAAAAUAUUACAGUGUUUUUAUUGAAGAAGAAUUCCUAGAUUUAAAUACAAAUUAUUCCGUUGAAAUGUAUUUUAGACGCAUAUUUUAAAAUUACUGGUGUAAAAGAAAAAUUUUAUCGAGAGAAUUUGUGGCCAAAAAAUAUGGAAAAUUUAUUUUGAAAAAAAUAGGUUGUAAUUUAAUGCUCUAUUCUCAUUCCUUAUUGAUUUGUAAAUAUAUACAAUUAAUACUAAA